GAAAAAUAUUGAUGAUUCAUUGUUUCAACCAUCUCUUGAAACAAAAGUUUGUGAAACAGAAAUUCAGGAAUCCUCACCAGACAAAUACCUUGAAUAUCUUAUAUCAGAAUUAGCAAGAACAAAAGAACAAUUAAAAAAUUUAGAGAACAAACAACUUUGA